GCUAGCCUGUUAUAUACUAGGUUUAGAUAUAGUCUUUCUGAUCUGUGGUGUAAAAUGUUUAAUUGUCUCUAAUCUGUGCAUUACCUCAUGUUAUUUCUUUAACACUCUUUCUAAUCUGUGUUAUUGAUUCUAUUAGGCAGCCGUCGUAAGAGCAAUGUGGUAUUUGACCUCUGAGAAUGAUCGUAGGGUCAUUUAUAUUCUUCCUGAUACAGAAAUAACAAUUGGCCGAAAUGUGGAUUCUCAACACAACUCUUUUUCCAUACCUAACGAUGCUUCAAUUAGUAGAAAACAUGCUACAUUGUCCGUUAUUAAAAGUUGCUUGUAUUUACAAGACUUGGGGUCAAGAUAUGGAACUUUUGUCAACGAUUCCUGUGAGCAAAUUGAAAGCAAUUCGUUAAUUAAAUUGCAUGACAAAGACGUGGUGAAGUUUGGAAAAUUAAACAAUGUUUGGCAAGUUAACGAAGUGAAUUUUAUUACAUGCACAUCUACAUUGAAGGGUGAGAACCUUCAGAAUUUAAAAUUGUGUCUUAGUAAGUUCGGAGGCAUCCUAAAAAGUGAAUGGGAUGAUUCUUGCAUGUAUUUAACUAUGCCAGCAUUAACUUUGACUAUAAAAGUUGUGUUAGCAUUAGUACAAGGCUCACUCAUUGUAACCACAGAAUUUUGGAAUAAGUGUUUGGAAGCUGUCAAUAACAAUACAUUAAUGCCUAAACCAAGUAAUUUCACACCACAAAUAGUAGAGUCAACACUUAAUAAAGAUAUUGUAUCAUUUUUACCUAAUAAUAGUAGGAAAAUAUUAUUUGCUGGGAAAAAAAUUGUAUUUUUCUCAAGAAAACAAUUUGAAAUGUAUAAGGUAGUGUUGAUGAAAAGUGCUGGUACUGCCAUAUUAUUAAGUGAUACAAAGAUGACAAAGUCCAUGUUAUGUGAACAAGAUAAAAUUUUUAUUCAGUAUAAUGUAACUAACUCUGACACUGACAAUUUAAAAAGUCAGAUAAAUGACAUAAUAAACCAUUUAAAGAAUAAUGGUAAAAGAGUUAUUGCUGAUGCAGAAAUUGGUUUAGCAAUAUUAUAUUGUUCUAUUGAGAAAUACUGUAAUCCUGAUUUUAAUUUUUCAUCUGAAGUGAUUAAACAAAAACCAAGUGGAAUUAUGCAAUCAGUUACUGUUCUUGCACAAGAAUCGCAAGAUUCAAACAAAAUAGAAAAUAAAAAAGAUAAUGUAGUAAUAAAUGAAAGUAUGACAUCAGAAAUUAAUCAGAGUAAUCUUUCAAAAAGAAGAUUAAGUAAUGAUGGAGAUGUAAGUCAUGGUAAUGCAAUGAAAAAAUUAGCCACUGAAAGUGUAACUGCCUGUAAUAGAAGUAAUAAAAGAAAAAAUUGUGAAGAUGUAAAUGGACAAGAAUCAAAUCCUAAUAAAAAACUUGCUUCCAAUAAUCAUAAUAAUGAUGAUGAUCUUUUUAAUUUUAUUACUCCUGUUCAUACAGCUAAAAAUCCAGAAAAAAAACUUAAUCUUUUAAAACCAAUUAAAAGGAAGCAAGACAUGAGAGGUGAUGAUGAAGAUGAAUUAUUCAAUUUUAUUGAGGAUAAAAAGCCUUUGCUUGGUGAUAGCACAAAACAUGGCAUUUUUAAGACCAAGCAUGUGCAUAGUAACUCAGAUGAUGAAAUAGAAUUUGAUAGUCCUAUAGCUCCAAAAAGUAAAAGUGCUGAAUGUAGUGAUGUAGACAUAUCAGCUUUAAGGGGUUGUAAACUUGAAGAAUUAAGGAAGAAUAAUAUGAAUAUAACUUCUAAUAUUAACAUUCAUAAACUUAAGCAAGAAAUGACUGAUGAUUUGGAUGAAAAAAUGAAUAAACUUGAUAUAGGCACUAUUGUUGUGACUGUUAAGAAGGAACUAAUUGUCAAAAAAGAGCCCUAUGUUGUAGAUUUGCAUAAUAAUUCAGUGAAAAAUUUUAAGAAAUUUCAAAAGGUGUGGCCUUUAAAACAUCAGUCAAUAACUAUUACAAGAUCAUCUAUGAAUGUUAUGGUUCCAAAUUUACCUAAUCAGCAGGAAAUAUGUUCACAAAGUUAUGAUUAGCAUUGAGGAUAAUAUUGUAAAAUAAAACUUCAUUUUCAUUUAUUUCUUUAUUUGUAUACAAUACAAUAAAACAUUUAUAAUAAUCAA